CCAUGGCCCCCCGGCGCCCGCAGAGACAAGGUUGCUUGGGAAGGAAGAACUUCACAGCAUUCCGAAACAUGAAGCUGAUUCCCAUGGAAACAUCCUCAUCCUCUGAUGACAGUUGUGACAGUUUUGGCUCCGAUAAUUUUGCAAACACAAAAGCUAAGUUUAGGUCAGAUAUUACAGAAGAAUUAGCAAAAAUCUUCUAUGAAGCUUCUGAUGAUGAAUCCUUCUGUGGCUUCUCAGAAAGCGAGAUUCAGGAUGCAUUGAAGCUGGACUCGGAUUCAGAGGAGAAUGAUGUAAAUGCUGAAAAUGGGAUAACUCGACAAAGACAGAAAUGUUCCCUUCCUCUAAAAGUAGCUAUGAAGUUUCCACUCCGGCGAUCGAAAAGGAGAAAGGAUGAGAUGGACUCUCUUCCUGAGGAGACGGUGCCUGAUCCAGAUUCAGAUUCUGACUCUGAAGAAAAGAGAUCCAUGUUUUUAGAAAAAAGAGCUUUAAACAUAAAGGAAAACAAAGCAAUGCUUGCAAAGCUAAUGGCCGAGUUGCAGAGUGUUUCGGGUAUCUUUGAUGGCAGAAGAUCAUUGCCAGUUGCCAGUCAUGCACCAAAGCGACUUCCAAGACGCUCUCUUCCCAAAAGCGCUCUGAGGAGGAACCCAGACCGGAGUUCUCGGCCACACACAAGAUCCAGGUCCUUGAUUGAAGGGCCGCCUACUCCUUUACCAGAAGAUGAUGAUGAGGAGGAUGAUCGGUACUUCUUAGUGAGAAGAAGAAAGGUGUCUGAUGAGUACCUGGAGCACGAAGCCCGCGCUCCCAGGAGAGGUCACCAUGGUGCCAUGGCUCUUCCACACGUCGUGCGUCCCGUUGAGGAGAUAACAGAGGAGGAACUGAAUAAUAUUUGUGGAUCAGCGAGAGAGAAAGUGUACAACAGGGCCAUGGGCUCCACUUGCCAUCAGUGUCGCCAGAAAACCGUAGACACCAAGACAAACUGCCGUAACCCUGACUGCAUCGGGGUGCGGGGCCAGUUCUGUGGGCCCUGCCUCCGCAACAGGUACGGGGAGGACGUCCGGACGGCCCUGCUGGAUCCGGCCUGGAAGUGCCCGCCCUGUCGUGGAAUCUGCAACUGCAGCUUCUGCAGGCAGCGAGACGGCCGAUGUGCUACCGGUGUCCUGGUUUACCUGGCCAAGUACCACGGCUACGACAACGUCCAUGCCUACUUGAAAAGUCUGAAACAAGAACUUGGAAUGGAAGACUGAAGCUGCGGCUGCUUCAGACUAUGUGCUCUUUCACCAAUAUUUCAUUAUUGCCUACAGUGAAUUGUUCAAUCACGUCAUGUUGCAAAUUCCUGUAUUCCUUCUGUUACCUCUUGGGUUAAAAUAGGAUAAAGAGCUAUCACAUAUCUCGGUGCAAAUAGUACAAAAAAAAAGUUUUUUGAAGGCCUUUUCAUACAUGCUAUUGUUACCUGUUAACUUAGCAAACUAGAGAGUAUCAGUUUGUUUCAUGGCAACAACUUGUUAAUUUCAUUUCUUUUUUCUUCCUGUUUUUCCUGAAAGGAGAUGGGACUUUAAGCCAUUAGUUUUAUGCAUAUGAUGAUCUGUGCUGCAGUCUUGCUUACGCUUGAAUAUUAAUUGCAAAAAGAUCAAAACUGUUCCAACCAUUCAGGUCACUGGGGAACCUUCCCAAGUGGACAGGGCAUGUGUGUAACUCAUGACCAGCUUCAGCUUUAUCUGCAAUACAAACCCGUCCUGAAAACAAGUGAUAGAAGCUAGGAGUUCUGUAAAGCAACUACUUGUCCUUAAGUAUAAAAAGGAAGCCCUAAUGGUUGUACAGAGCAGUUUCCAGGCACUGUGCCAAUGGUUUUAUAGAGUACUCAAAGUGCAGACUUACUCUGAGGGAAGGUCUCCACUGAGUAGCUUAAAAAUGCAGCAGAAGCAAUUGGAGUGGGGACCUGGUAAUACAUUUUGUCGUGUGGCAGGAGGCCUCCAGGAAGCCAGAAACUUCCACAGCGGCAGUGAGGCUUGCCUGGCUGUGACGGGGACACGUGCGAAGGUGCUGCUGUGCACCCAGGAGUGACUGCUCUGUGUAGAGCAGAGUGUAGCCUGUGGCAGUUGACCGUUGGAUUUGGAAGUUGGCAUUUUCCUGCUGUUGCUGCCAGCUGCAGAGCUGCUCCUCUGCAGAACAGCUCUGGCCCAGCGGAGGGGAGCUCCCAGGAGCAGGGCUUGCAGCGAGCACAGGAGCAGAGGUGGCUCAUGUGGCUUUUUGGCAGCUGUGCAGUGGAUUAAAGAUGUAGCCUGUUGAGCUCUGGUAUCAGAGGGGCAGACAAAGCACUGGGAUCAGGAGCUUGUUACCUAUGAGCAAAAUAAAAAGUAAGAACUUAAGCUGCAGUCGAGCUUGCAGUUGCAUAGAGCAGCAGGAGCAUGAAUAGAUAAUGUUCUCAAGUACACCCCGGACAGUAGCAGAUGAGGAAAAGCAGUUGCCUUAUCUAAAAACUUUUCAACGCUAAGUGAAAAGGCAGAUGUAAUGGUUGCAUACAGUUUGUGAGCACUUAGAAAUGUGCCAUGUUUCUACGUAUGUCUGGCUCAGCAUGGUUGUAGAAAUGAUGUUGCUAAUGAGCUGUGAGUAGAGCACAAACUGAGCCCAAGAAUUCCAGCAUACUGCGUGGAUGGGCCGCAUGUACUGUAGAUGCUGUAGAAAAAAGUGCCAUGAGUAUUCCAGCUGGAGAGCCACAAAGUGUAUAAAAUGCCCAGGGGUUGGUAAUGGAAACUGCUGCAUAAGCUUUGUGCAAGAUUUGGAGCAUGAUGUAAAAAAAAAAUGUACAGUUGAAUAGUAGGCAGAAUCAACCUGCAUGUAUUGAGCACUAGAACAGGACACGGCCUUGCACCCCUUUGCUUGCACAGGAUUUGUACUGUAUGUGUAUAUAUAAUGGUGCACAUUUUAUACCUUUCUGGGAAGUACAUCAGUGUACAUGGAAGAGGCAGCCAGGGGAAGAUGGAUUUGGAAACAAAAGGUGUUUAUGUGUCAGACGCGCAGCUCUGAUUUGUAAAUCAUCUGUGUUGUUGAAGAUCUCCAGCCCCUUUUUUGUCUCUGUUUUUAUAGUGUUGAUAGCUGGACAGUGCAAGGUGGAGAGUGCUUUUCCCUCUAGGAACAUUUCAUGAAAAAAGGAGCUCUAGAAAUACAUAUUCUUGAUAGCUAAGAGUGAUUUUUCUAAUUGUUGGGCUUGCCUUUUGAUUGCUGGAGUGUGAAAGGACUAUGUUAAAAGCAACCCCUUGUAUCAUGUCAUGGAGACUGCUGUGCUGAGAUUCCCUCAGAUCUAUGAACUUCUGUACAAAGGUUUUUUA